AUGGGUCAUCUAAAAGUAAUAUUAAUUUUGAUCUGGAUAAGUGACCUCUAUACUUUUGGAAAUACUGAGAAUAGGCAUGAUUAUGUUGAACAUGAUGCUGUUGUGAUAACUGCCUGUGACUUCAAUAACAACGAAUUACCCUAUUGUGAUUUUCGGCAAGACAAUACAGAUGACAGUGAUUGGAUUCGCCAUAAGGGUCCCACACCCACACCUGGCACUGGACCCAGUGGGGACUAUCCUGAUGGCAAUGGCUAUUACAUAUACCAAGAAGCAGAUAAUGUCAGUAACAGACAAAAAACAUCCCUGAUCAGUCCUGUGUUGAGCUCCACAUCAGCUCAGAUUUGUGUACAGUUUCAGUACCACAUGUAUGGCACAGAUGACAACAAUAUUUUGACCGUGCUGGCCAGUCGAUCUGGUGAGGUGGAAAUACUGUGGCAGAAAACAGGGAUCCAGAGCCCGUCAUGGCUGGGAGCAGCUGUUACUGUGUCCAAACCAGCUGAGCAGUCUGUUAAAAUUAUAUUUGAAGCAAAACGUGGGUUCUCUUCAUCAUGUGAUACAGCCUUGGACAACAUUAACAUCACAGAGGGAGCUUGUCCUGGUUGUAUAUCUCAGUGUGACUUUGAUGAACAGGAUCUCUGUGGAUGGACAACCAACGUUUCAGAUCCAACAUUAUUUGGUUGGACCUUUUGGAAUGGACAAACUGACACACCUGGUACAGGUCCUAAUGAUGAUUUCUCCAAACCAGGCUUGGGAUCAUACCUCUUGAUGGAUUCACUUGAAAGCAUCCCAGGGGCCUCAGCUCAACUUCGGAGCCCAUCUAUACCAGCACCUUCUUCGAACUGCCUGCAGCUGAACUUCCAUUAUUACAUGUAUGGUACUGCUGCUGACAUGGAGCUUAAUGUUCAUGUUGUCAUCAAUGGAGGAACACUGGGGUAUCCUGUUUUCAGUCUCAGAGGAAACCAAGGACAAGGUUGGAAGCCAGCAGAGGUCAAAUACAUUGCUACAACUGUGACAGUGACAACCACAAAGCCAACAACACCUGUUUCAACUCCAAAACCAUCAACAGCAAAGCCCUCCACACCUCAGCCGACGACAGUAGGGCCAACUUCUCCUACACCAGCAACAACACCAGGUAAAAAUUAUUAUAUUUUCCUCUCUACAGUCUACCCAUGAAUACAAAUAUAUUCUAACCACUUCUCCUGUCCACUACUAGUGAAGUGUCCUCCUGAUGCUGAGUACAUAGAGUGUGGGCCAGCUUGCAUUCCCAGCUGUAAAGAACCGUCCACUAACUGCACUGGCUCCUGUAUCAGUGGCUGCUUCUGCAAACCAGGUUUUGUGUUCAGAGGAAAACGCUGCAUUCCCAUUGAGAAGUGUGGAUGUCUGGAUGAAGAUAAUAACUACUACGAGCCGGGAGAGAUUGUCUUUGGGACUGGCUGCUCCAAGCUGUGUCGCUGUGCAGGCAAUUAUACCUUGAGCUGUGUGGACAACACUUGUGACUCCACAGAAGAAUGUCGGCAAGUGGGAGGAAUCUAUGGCUGCUAUCCUAAAGACACCUCCACCUGUAUCGCCUCAGGUGACCCACACUACACCACCUUUGAUAAGCGCUACUAUGACUUCAUGGGCAACUGCACUUACUUAAUGUCUGAGCCAUGUAACAGCACAGACGUGCCUCACUUCGCUGUCUACACUGAAAAUGAGAAUCGCUACAACAUUCCCACGGUCAGUUAUGUGAAAGCUGUCCAUGUCCAUGUUCAGGGAAUGAAGGUGUCCAUCCUGAAAGGAGGAGUUGUGCAGGUAAAUGGAACCAAAGUGAACAUACCACUGAGCCCUGUUCCUGGAGUGGACAUCUUAAAGCAGGGGACACUCUACACAGUGUCCAUGAGCUUUGGUGUGACAGUUCGCUACGAUGGAAACCACUAUAUGGACAUCAAAGUUAUCAAAGACUACCAGAACAAGCUUUGUGGUCUGUGUGGAGACUAUAAUGGCAACAUUAAAGAUGACUUCCGUACCCCCACCGGUGAACUGGUCAACAGUCCAACUGAGUUUGGCAACAGCUGGAACACAGACCCUGACUGCAAUAAACCUCCAGUUGGCCCAGAGCCUGACUGCACAGACACAGAUAAGGAUCUUUAUGAGAGUCCUGCUUACUGUGGAAUCAUAUUGGACAGCAAAGGCCCAUUUGCUGUCUGUCACCCAAAAGUCAACCCUAAUAGUUUCUUCCAAAACUGUGUGUUUGACCUGUGUGCACUGGGUGGCCCUCACUCUGCAUUGUGUGAAGCAAUUGAAGCCUACGUAAACGAGUGUCAGGACCGUGGCAUUAGCAUCGGACCUUGGAGAAACAACACUUUCUGCCCUCUUACAUGCCCACCCAACAGCCACUACGUCUCCUGCGUGUCUCCUUGCCAGCCCUCCUGUAACCCUCCUCCACCCAGCCAGUGCACUGGACCCUGUUCGGAGGGGUGUGUGUGUGACCCUGGAUAUGUACUCAGUGGUGACAAGUGUGUGAAGGAAGAUACAUGUGGCUGCAAACAUAACGGACAAUAUUACCAGCCUGGGGACAAGUUCUACACGAAGGACUGUGAGCUGCUGUGCAAAUGUGAGCCUCCAUUCGUCAACUGCAGUGCUGCUGAAUGUCCUCCCAUGCAGCAGUGUGGUGUACAGGGUGGAGAAAUAGGAUGCUACCCAGUUGACUCCCAGGACUGUAUUAUUUCUGGUGACCCCCAUUACAACACCUUUGAUGGUAAAUUCUACACCUUCAUGGGCACCUGCACCUACACACUGGCUCGCACCUGCAGAAACAACACGGGCCCCUGGUUCUCUGUGGAGGGAAAAAAUGAAGAGAGAGGAGUUGUUGGUGUAUCUUAUCUUAAGAAGUUGUAUGUGACUGUCAGCGGCAUCACUGUAACGAUGAUGAAGAGCAGAACCACUCUGGUGAACGGACGUAAAGUAGCUCUACCCCACUCUCCCUCUCCUCUAAUCUCUUUAACUUCAGCUGGUCAGUAUGUUAUCCUCACCACUCCUUUUGGUCUGGAGGUGCGCUGGGAUGGCAACCACUACGCUAAGAUCAUUGUGCCCAGUACCUACUAUGAUCAGAUGUGUGGUUUGUGUGGAGACUACAACGGAAACCACAACAAUGAUUUUACGAAGCCAGAUGGUUCAGUGGCUGGAAGCUCAGAUCAGUUCGGUAACAGCUGGCAAACUGACGAAGAUGAAGAUGACAUGUGCAAACCUGAUGUCACACCUGACCCACCAUGUGACCCAAGUCUUGAGGCUGAAGUGUCAAAACCAGAGAAAUGUGGAAAAAUCACGAACACUACAGGACCAUUCAGGGACUGCAUAAAGGUGGUGGACCCUCUGCCAUUUUUCCAGAGCUGUGUGUUUGAUAUGUGCCGCUAUAAUGGACUGCUGCAGACUCUGUGUGACCAGCUGCAGGCUUAUACUGAUGCCUGUCUCAGUGCAGGAGCUCCAGUGCACCAGUGGAGGGAGGCAGACUUGUGCCCUCUGGAUUGUCCUCCUAACAGCCACUACUCUAUGUGUGUGAGUUCAUGUCCAGAGACGUGUGUGGGUGUGAGCGGCCCACCUGGCUGUGGAGAGAAGUGUGUUGAAGGCUGCAAGUGUGAUCCUGGCUUUGUCCUGAGUAACAAUAAGUGCGUGCCUCUCAAAGACUGUGGCUGUGUGGACCUUGAUGGCUCCUACCACCCUGUGAAUGAGAGCUGGUACCUGGAGGGCUGUGAACAUCAGUGCGUGUGUCUAAGUGGAAGAACCAUUCUGUGCUACAACACCAGUUGUUUACCUACAGAGACCUGCCAGCUGCUGGAUGGAGAGUACAUCUGUAAACCGAAUGUGAAGUGUCCUCCUGAUGCGGAGUACAUAGAGUGUGGUCCAGCUUGCAUUCCCAGCUGUAAAGAACCGUCCACUAACUGCACUGGCUCCUGUAUCAGUGGCUGCUUCUGCAAACCAGGUUUUGUGUUCAGAGGCAAACGCUGCGUUCCCAUUGAGAAGUGUGGAUGUCUGGAUGAAAAUAAUAACUACUAUGAGCCGGGAGAGAUUGUCUUUGGGACUGGCUGCUCCAAGCUGUGUCGCUGUGCAGGCAAUUAUACCUUGAGCUGUGUGGACAACACUUGUGACUCCACAGAAGAAUGUCGGCAAGUGGGAGGAAUCUAUGGCUGUUAUCCUAAAGACACCUCCACCUGUAUCGCCUCAGGUGACCCACACUACACCACCUUUGAUAAGCGCUACUAUGACUUCAUGGGCAACUGCACUUAUUUAAUGUCUGAGCCAUGUAACAGCACAGACGUGCCUCACUUUGCUGUCUACACUGAAAAUGAGAAUCGCUACAACAUUCCCACGGUCAGUUAUGUGAAAGCUGUCCAUGUCCAUGUUCGGGGAGUGAAGGUGUCCAUCCUGAAAGGAGGAGUUGUGCAGGUAAAUGGAACCAAAGUGAACAUACCACUGAGCCCUGUUCCUGGAGUGGACAUCUUAAAGCAGGGGACACUCUACACAGUGUCCAUGAGCUUUGGUGUGACAGUUCGCUACGAUGGAAACCACUAUAUGGACAUCAAAGUUAUCAAAGACUAUCAGGACAAGCUUUGUGGUCUGUGUGGAGACUAUAAUGGCAACAUUAAAGAUGACUUCCGUACCCCCACCGGUGAACUGGUCAACAGUCCAACUGAGUUUGGCAACAGCUGGAACACAGACCCUGACUGCAAUAAACCCCCAGUUGGCCCAGAGCCUGACUGCGCAGACAUAGACAAGGACCUUUAUGAGAGUCCUGCUUACUGUGGAAUCAUAUUGGACAGCAAAGGCCCAUUUGCUGUCUGUCACCCAAAAGUCAGGCCUAACAGUUUCUUCCAAAACUGUGUGUUUGACCUGUGUGCAUUGGGCGGCCCUCACUCUGCAUUGUGUGAAGCGAUUGAAGCCUACGUAAACGAGUGUCAGGACCGUGGUGUUAGGAUCGGACCUUGGAGAAACAACACUUUCUGUCCUCUUACAUGCCCACCCAACAGCCACUACGUCUCCUGCGUGUCUCCUUGCCAGCCCUCCUGUAACCCUCCUCCACCCAGCCAGUGCACUGGACCCUGUUCGGAGGGGUGUGUGUGUGACCCUGGAUAUGUACUCAGUGGUGACAAGUGUGUGAAGGAAGAUACAUGUGGCUGCAAACAUAACGGACAAUAUUACCAGCCUGGAGACAAGUUCUACACGAAGGACUGUGAGCUGCUGUGCAAAUGUGAGCCUCCAUUCUUCAACUGCAGUGCUGCUGAAUGUCCUCCCAUGCAGCAGUGUGGUAUACAGGGUGGAGAAAUAGGAUGCUACCCAGUUGACUCCCAGGACUGUAUUAUUUCUGGUGACCCCCAUUACAACACCUUUGAUGGUAAAUUCUACACCUUCAUGGGCACCUGCACCUACACACUGGCUCGCACCUGCAGAAACAACACGGGCCCCUGGUUCUCUGUGGAGGGAAAAAAUGAAGAGAGAGGAGUUGUUGGUGUAUCUUAUCUUAAGAAGUUGUAUGUGACUGUCAGCGGCAUCACUGUAACGAUGAUGAAGAGCAGAACCACUCUGGUGAACGGUCGUAAAGUAGCUCUACCCCACUCUCCCUCUCCUCUAAUCUCUUUAACUUCAGCUGGUCAGUAUGUUAUCCUCACCACUCCCUUUGGUCUGGAGGUGCGCUGGGAUGGCAACCACUAUGCUAAGAUCACUGUGCCCAGUACCUACUAUGAUCAGAUGUGUGGUUUGUGUGGAGACUACAACGGAAACCCCAACAAUGAUUUUACGAAGCCAAAUGGUUCAGUGGCUGAAAGCUCAGAUCAAUUCGGUAACAGCUGGCAAACUGAUGAAGAUGAAGAUGACAUGUGCAAACCUGAUGUCACACCUGACCCACCAUGUGACCCAAGUCUUGAGGCUGAAGUGUCAAAACCAGAGAAAUGUGGAAAAAUAACGAACACUACAGGACCAUUCAGGGACUGCAUAAAGGUGGUGGACCCUCUGCCAUUUUUCCAGAGCUGUGUGUUUGAUAUGUGCCGCUAUAAUGGACUGCUGCAGACUCUGUGUGACCAGCUGCAGGCUUAUACUGAUGCCUGUCUCAGUGCAGGAGCUCCAGUGCACCAGUGGAGGGAGGCAGACUUCUGCCCUCUGGAUUGUCCUCCUAACAGCCACUACUCUAUGUGUGUGAGUUCAUGUCCAGAGACGUGUGUGGGUGUGAGCGGCCCACCUGGCUGUGGAGAGAAGUGUGUUGAAGGCUGCAAGUGUGAUCCUGGCUUUGUCCUGAGUAACAACAAGUGCGUGCCUCUCAAAGACUGUGGCUGUGUGGACCUUGAUGGCUCCUACCACCCUGUGAAUGAGAGCUGGUACCUGGAGGGCUGUGAACAUCAGUGCGUGUGUCUAAGUGGAAGAACCAUUCUGUGCUACAACACCAGUUGUUUACCUACAGAGACCUGCCAGCUGCUGGAUGGAGAGUACAUCUGUAAACCGAAUGUGAAGUGUCCUCCUGAUGCGGAGUACAUAGAGUGUGGUCCAGCUUGCAUUCCCAGCUGUAAAGAACCGUCCACUAACUGCACUGGCUCCUGUAUCAGUGGCUGCUUCUGCAAACCAGGUUUUGUGUUCAGAGGCAAACGCUGCGUUCCCAUUGAGAAGUGUGGAUGUCUGGAUGAAAAUAAUAACUACUAUGAGCCGGGAGAGAUUGUCUUUGGGACUGGCUGCUCCAAGCUGUGUCGCUGUGCAGGCAAUUAUACCUUGAGCUGUGUGGACAACACUUGUGACUCCACAGAAGAAUGUCGGCAAGUGGGAGGAAUCUAUGGCUGUUAUCCUAAAGACACCUCCACCUGUAUCGCCUCAGGUGACCCACACUACACCACCUUUGAUAAGCGCUACUAUGACUUCAUGGGCAACUGCACUUACUUAAUGUCUGAGCCAUGUAACAGCACAGACGUGCCUCACUUUGCUGUCUACACUGAAAAUGAGAAUCGCUACAACAUUCCCACGGUCAGUUAUGUGAAAGCUGUCCAUGUCCAUGUUCAGGGAGUGAAGGUGUCCAUCCUGAAAGGAGGAGUUGUGCAGGUAAAUGGAACCAAAGUGAACAUACCACUGAGCCCUGUUCCUGGAGUGGACAUCUUAAAGCAGGGGACACUCUACACAGUGUCCAUGAGCUUUGGUGUGACAGUUCGCUACGAUGGAAACCACUAUAUGGACAUCAAAGUUAUCAAAGACUAUCAGGACAAGCUUUGUGGUCUGUGUGGAGACUAUAAUGGCAACAUUAAAGAUGACUUCCGUACCCCCACCGGUGAACUGGUCAACAGUCCAACUGAGUUUGGCAACAGCUGGAACACAGACCCUGACUGCAAUAAACCCCCAGUUGGCCCAGAGCCUGACUGCGCAGACAUAGACAAGGACCUUUAUGAGAGUCCUGCUUACUGUGGAAUCAUAUUGGACAGCAAAGGCCCAUUUGCUGUCUGUCACCCAAAAGUCAAGCCUAACAGUUUCUUCCAAAACUGUGUGUUUGACCUGUGUGCAUUGGGCGGCCCUCACUCUGCAUUGUGUGAAGCGAUUGAAGCCUACGUAAACGAGUGUCAGGACCGUGGUGUUAGGAUCGGCCCUUGGAGAAACAACACUUUCUGUCCUCUUACAUGCCCACCCAACAGCCACUACGUCUCCUGCGUGUCUCCUUGCCAGCCCUCCUGUAACCCUCCUCCACCCAGCCAGUGCACUGGACCCUGUUCGGAGGGGUGUGUGUGUGACCCUGGAUAUGUACUCAGUGGUGACAAGUGUGUGAAGGAAGAUACAUGUGGCUGCAAACAUAACGGACAAUAUUACCAGCCUGGAGACAAGUUCUACACGAAGGACUGUGAGCUGCUGUGCAAAUGUGAGCCUCCAUUCGUCAACUGCAGUGCUGCUGAAUGUCCUCCCAUGCAGCAGUGUGGUAUACAGGGUGGAGAAAUAGGAUGCUACCCAGUUGACUCCCAGGACUGUAUUAUUUCUGGUGACCCCCAUUACAACACCUUUGAUGGUAAAUUCUACACCUUCAUGGGCACCUGCACCUACACACUGGCUCGCACCUGCAGAAACAACACGGGCCCCUGGUUCUCUGUGGAGGGAAAAAAUGAAGAGAGAGGAGUUGUUGGUGUAUCUUAUCUUAAGAAGUUGUAUGUGACUGUCAGCGGCAUCACUGUAACAAUGAUGAAGAGCAGAACCACUCUGGUGAACGGUCGUAAAGUAGCUCUACCCCACUCUCCCUCUCCUCUAAUCUCUUUAACUUCAGCUGGUCAGUAUGUUAUCCUCACCACUCCCUUUGGUCUGGAGGUGCGCUGGGAUGGCAACCACUAUGCUAAGAUCACUGUGCCCAGUACCUACUAUGAUCAGAUGUGUGGUUUGUGUGGAGACUACAACGGAAACCCCAACAAUGAUUUUACAAAGCCAAAUGGUUCAGUGGCUGAAAGCUCAGAUCAAUUCGGUAACAGCUGGCAAACUGAUGAAGAUGAAGAUGACAUGUGCAAACCUGAUGUCACACCUGACCCACCAUGUGACCCAAGUCUUGAGGCUGAAGUGUCAAAACCAGAGAAAUGUGGAAAAAUAACGAACACUACAGGACCAUUCAGGGACUGCAUAAAGGUGGUGGACCCUCUGCCAUUUUUCCAGAGCUGUGUGUUUGAUAUGUGCCGCUAUAAUGGACUGCUGCAGACUCUGUGUGACCAGCUGCAGGCUUAUACUGAUGCCUGUCUCAGUGCAGGAGCUCCAGUGCACCAGUGGAGGGAGGCAGACUUCUGCCCUCUGGAUUGUCCUCCUAACAGCCACUACUCUAUGUGUGUGAGUUCAUGUCCAGAGACGUGUGUGGGUGUGAGCGGCCCACCUGGCUGUGGAGAGAAGUGUGUUGAAGGCUGCAAGUGUGAUCCUGGCUUUGUCCUGAGUAACAACAAGUGCGUGCCUCUCAAAGACUGUGGCUGUGUGGACCUUGAUGGCUCCUACCACCCUGUGAAUGAGAGCUGGUACCUGGAGGGCUGUGAACAUCAGUGCGUGUGUCUAAGUGGAAGAACCAUUCUGUGCUACAACACCAGUUGUUUACCUACAGAGACCUGCCAGCUGCUGGAUGGAGAGUACAUCUGUAAACCGAAUGAUGGAAACACAACAAAACCCCCAACACCCCAGCCGUCAACCCCACAGACACCCACCCCUUCUCCUACACCACCAGUGAAGUGUCCUCCUGAUGCGGAGUACAUAGAGUGUGGUCCAGCUUGCAUUCCCAGCUGUAAAGAACCGUCCACUAACUGCACUGGCUCCUGUAUCAGUGGCUGCUUCUGCAAACCAGGUUUUGUGUUCAGAGGCAAACGCUGCGUUCCCAUUGAGAAGUGUGGAUGUCUGGAUGAAAAUAAUAACUACUAUGAGCCGGGAGAGAUUGUCUUUGGGACUGGCUGCUCCAAGCUGUGUCGCUGUGCAGGCAAUUAUACCUUGAGCUGUGUGGACAACACUUGUGACUCCACAGAAGAAUGUCGGCAAGUGGGAGGAAUCUAUGGCUGUUAUCCUAAAGACACCUCCACCUGUAUCGCCUCAGGUGACCCACACUACACCACCUUUGAUAAGCGCUACUAUGACUUCAUGGGCAACUGCACUUACUUAAUGUCUGAGCCAUGUAACAGCACAGACGUGCCUCACUUUGCUGUCUACACUGAAAAUGAGAAUCGCUACAACAUUCCCACGGUCAGUUAUGUGAAAGCUGUCCAUGUCCAUGUUCAGGGAGUGAAGGUGUCCAUCCUGAAAGGAGGAGUUGUGCAGGUAAAUGGAACCAAAGUGAACAUACCACUGAGCCCUGUUCCUGGAGUGGACAUCUUAAAGCAGGGGACACUCUACACAGUGUCCAUGAGCUUUGGUGUGACAGUUCGCUACGAUGGAAACCACUAUAUGGACAUCAAAGUUAUCAAAGACUAUCAGGACAAGCUUUGUGGUCUGUGUGGAGACUAUAAUGGCAACAUUAAAGAUGACUUCCGUACCCCCACCGGUGAACUGGUCAACAGUCCAACUGAGUUUGGCAACAGCUGGAACACAGACCCUGACUGCAAUAAACCCCCAGUUGGCCCAGAGCCUGACUGCGCAGACAUAGACAAGGACCUUUAUGAGAGUCCUGCUUACUGUGGAAUCAUAUUGGACAGCAAAGGCCCAUUUGCUGUCUGUCACCCAAAAGUCAAGCCUAACAGUUUCUUCCAAAACUGUGUGUUUGACCUGUGUGCAUUGGGCGGCCCUCACUCUGCAUUGUGUGAAGCGAUUGAAGCCUACGUAAACGAGUGUCAGGACCGUGGUGUUAGGAUCGGCCCUUGGAGAAACAACACUUUCUGUCCUCUUACAUGCCCACCCAACAGCCACUACGUCUCCUGCGUGUCUCCUUGCCAGCCCUCCUGUAACCCUCCUCCACCCAGCCAGUGCACUGGACCCUGUUCGGAGGGGUGUGUGUGUGACCCUGGAUAUGUACUCAGUGGUGACAAGUGUGUGAAGGAAGAUACAUGUGGCUGCAAACAUAACGGACAAUAUUACCAGCCUGGAGACAAGUUCUACACGAAGGACUGUGAGCUGCUGUGCAAAUGUGAGCCUCCAUUCGUCAACUGCAGUGCUGCUGAAUGUCCUCCCAUGCAGCAGUGUGGUAUACAGGGUGGAGAAAUAGGAUGCUACCCAGUUGACUCCCAGGACUGUAUUAUUUCUGGUGACCCCCAUUACAACACCUUUGAUGGUAAAUUCUACACCUUCAUGGGCACCUGCACCUACACACUGGCUCGCACCUGCAGAAACAACACGGGCCCCUGGUUCUCUGUGGAGGGAAAAAAUGAAGAGAGAGGAGUUGUUGGUGUAUCUUAUCUUAAGAAGUUGUAUGUGACUGUCAGCGGCAUCACUGUAACAAUGAUGAAGAGCAGAACCACUCUGGUGAACGGUCGUAAAGUAGCUCUACCCCACUCUCCCUCUCCUCUAAUCUCUUUAACUUCAGCUGGUCAGUAUGUUAUCCUCACCACUCCCUUUGGUCUGGAGGUGCGCUGGGAUGGCAACCACUAUGCUAAGAUCACUGUGCCCAGUACCUACUAUGAUCAGAUGUGUGGUUUGUGUGGAGACUACAACGGAAACCCCAACAAUGAUUUUACGAAGCCAAAUGGUUCAGUGGCUGAAAGCUCAGAUCAAUUCGGUGACAGCUGGCAAACUGAUGAAGAUGAAGAUGACAUGUGCAAACCUGAUGUCACACCUGACCCACCAUGUGACCCAAGUCUUGAGGCUGAAGUGUCAAAACCAGAGAAAUGUGGAAAAAUAACGAACACUACAGGACCAUUCAGGGACUGCAUAAAGGUGGUGGACCCUCUGCCAUUUUUCCAGAGCUGUGUGUUUGAUAUGUGCCGCUAUAAUGGACUGCUGCAGACUCUGUGUGACCAGCUGCAGGCUUAUACUGAUGCCUGUCUCAGUGCAGGAGCUCCAGUGCACCAGUGGAGGGAGGCAGACUUCUGCCCUCUGGAUUGUCCUCCUAACAGCCACUACUCUAUGUGUGUGAGUUCAUGUCCAGAGACGUGUGUGGGUGUGAGCGGCCCACCUGGCUGUGGAGAGAAGUGUGUUGAAGGCUGCAAGUGUGAUCCUGGCUUUGUCCUGAGUAACAACAAGUGCGUGCCUCUCAAAGACUGUGGCUGUGUGGACCUUGAUGGCUCCUACCACCCUGUGAAUGAGAGCUGGUACCUGGAGGGCUGUGAACAUCAGUGCGUGUGUCUAAGUGGAAGAACCAUUCUGUGCUACAACACCAGUUGUUUACCUACAGAGACCUGCCAGCUGCUGGAUGGAGAGUACAUCUGUAAACCGAAUGUGAAGUGUCCUCCUGAUGCGGAGUACAUAGAGUGUGGUCCAGCUUGCAUUCCUAGCUGUAAAGAACCGUCCACUAACUGCACUGGCUCCUGUAUCAGUGGCUGCUUCUGCAAACCAGGUUUUGUGUUCAGAGGAAAACGCUGCGUUCCCAUUGAGAAGUGUGGAUGUCUGGAUGAAAAUAAUAACUACUAUGAGCCGGGAGAGAUUGUCUUUGGGACUGGCUGCUCCAAGCUGUGUCGCUGUGCAGGCAAUUAUACCUUGAGCUGUGUGGACAACACUUGUGACUCCACAGAAGAAUGUCGGCAAGUGGGAGGAAUCUAUGGCUGUUAUCCUAAAGACACCUCCACCUGUAUCGCCUCAGGUGACCCACACUACACCACCUUUGAUAAGCGCUACUAUGACUUCAUGGGCAACUGCACUUACUUAAUGUCUGAGCCAUGUAACAGCACAGACGUGCCUCACUUUGCUGUCUACACUGAAAAUGAGAAUCGCUACAACAUUCCCACGGUCAGUUAUGUGAAAGCUGUCCAUGUCCAUGUUCAGGGAAUGAAGGUGUCCAUCCUGAAAGGAGGAGUUGUGCAGGUAAAUGGAACCAAAGUGAACAUACCACUGAUCCCUUUUCCUGGAGUGGACAUCUUAAAGCAGGGGACACUCUACACAGUGUCCAUGAGCUUUGGUGUGACAGUUCGCUACGAUGGAAACCACUAUAUGGACAUCAAAGUUAUCAAAGACUAUCAGGACAAGCUUUGUGGUCUGUGUGGAGACUAUAAUGGCAACAUUAAAGAUGACUUCCGUACCCCCACCGGUGAACUGGUCAACAGUCCAACUGAGUUUGGCAACAGCUGGAACACAGACCCUGACUGCAAUAAACCCCCAGUUGGCCCAGAGCCUGACUGCACAGACAUAGACAAGGACCUUUAUGAGAGUCCUGCUUACUGUGGAAUCAUAUUGGACAGCAAAGGCCCAUUUGCUGUCUGUCACCCAAAAGUCAACCCUAACAGUUUCUUCCAAAACUGUGUGUUUGACCUGUGUGCAUUGGGCGGCCCUCACUCUGCAUUGUGUGAAGCGAUUGAAGCCUACGUAAACGAGUGUCAGGACCGUGGUGUUAGGAUCGGACCUUGGAGAAACAACACUUUCUGUCCUCUUACAUGCCCACCCAACAGCCACUACGUCUCCUGCGUGUCUCCUUGCCAGCCCUCCUGUAACCCUCCUCCACCCAGCCAGUGCACUGGACCCUGUUCGGAGGGGUGUGUGUGUGACCCUGGAUAUGUACUCAGUGGUGACAAGUGUGUGAAGGAAGAUACAUGUGGCUGCAAACAUAACGGACAAUAUUACCAGCCUGGGGACAAGUUCUACACGAAGGACUGUGAGCUGCUGUGCAAAUGUGAGCCUCCAUUCGUCAACUGCAGUGCUGCUGAAUGUCCUCCCAUGCAGCAGUGUGGUGUACAGGGUGGAGAAAUAGGAUGCUACCCAGUUGACUCCCAGGACUGUAUUAUUUCUGGUGACCCCCAUUACAACACCUUUGAUGGUAAAUUCUACACCUUCAUGGGCACCUGCACCUACACACUGGCUCGCACCUGCAGAAACAACACGGGCCCCUGGUUCUCUGUGGAGGGAAAAAAUGAAGAGAGAGGAGUUGUUGGUGUAUCUUAUCUUAAGAAGUUGUAUGUGACUGUCAGCGGCAUCACUGUAACAAUGAUGAAGAGCAGAACCACUCUGGUGAACGGUCGUAAAGUAGCUCUACCCCACUCUCCCUCUCCUCUAAUCUCUUUAACUUCAGCUGGUCAGUAUGUUAUCCUCACCACUCCCUUUGGUCUGGAGGUGCGCUGGGAUGGCAACCACUAUGCUAAGAUCACUGUGCCCAGUACCUACUAUGAUCAGAUGUGUGGUUUGUGUGGAGACUACAACGGAAACCCCAACAAUGAUUUUACGAAGCCAAAUGGUUCAGUGGCUGAAAGCUCAGAUCAAUUCGGUGACAGCUGGCAAACUGAUGAAGAUGAAGAUGACAUGUGCAAACCUGAUGUCACACCUGACCCACCAUGUGACCCAAGUCUUGAGGCUGAAGUGUCAAAACCAGAGAAAUGUGGAAAAAUAACGAACACUACAGGACCAUUCAGGGACUGCAUAAAGGUGGUGGACCCUCUGCCAUUUUUCCAGAGCUGUGUGUUUGAUAUGUGCCGCUAUAAUGGACUGCUGCAGACUCUGUGUGACCAGCUGCAGGCUUAUACUGAUGCCUGUCUCAGUGCAGGAGCUCCAGUGCACCAGUGGAGGGAGGCAGACUUCUGCCCUCUGGAUUGUCCUCCUAACAGCCACUACUCUAUGUGUGUGAGUUCAUGUCCAGAGACGUGUGUGGGUGUGAGCGGCCCACCUGGCUGUGGAGAGAAGUGUCUUGAAGGCUGCAAGUGUGAUCCUGGCUUUGUCCUGAGUAACAACAAGUGCGUGCCUCUCAAAGACUGUGGCUGUGUGGACCUUGAUGGCUCCUACCACCCUGUGAAUGAGAGCUGGUACCUGGAGGGCUGUGAACAUCAGUGUGUGUGUCUAAGUGGAAGAACCAUUCUGUGCUACAACACCAGUUGUUUACCUACAGAGACCUGCCAGCUGCUGGAUGGAGAGUACAUCUGUAAACCGAAUGUGAAGUGUCCUCCUGAUGCGGAGUACAUAGAGUGUGGUCCAGCUUGCAUUCCCAGCUGUAAAGAACCGUCCACUAACUGCACUGGCUCCUGUAUCAGUGGCUGCUUCUGCAAACCAGGUUUUGUGUUCAGAGGCAAACGCUGCGUUCCCAUUGAGAAGUGUGGAUGUCUGGAUGAAAAUAAUAACUACUAUGAGCCGGGAGAGAUUGUCUUUGGGACUGGCUGCUCCAAGCUGUGUCGCUGUGCAGGCAAUUAUACCUUGAGCUGUGUGGACAACACUUGUGACUCCACAGAAGAAUGUCGGCAAGUGGGAGGAAUCUAUGGCUGUUAUCCUAAAGACACCUCCACCUGUAUUGCCUCAGGUGACCCACACUACACCACCUUUGAUAAGCGCUACUAUGACUUCAUGGGCAACUGCACUUACUUAAUGUCUGAGCCAUGUAACAGCACAGACGUGCCUCACUUUGCUGUCUACACUGAAAAUGAGAAUCGCUACAACAUUCCCACGGUCAGUUAUGUGAAAGCUGUCCAUGUCCAUGUUCAGGGAGUGAAGGUGUCCAUCCUGAAAGGAGGAGUUGUGCAGGUAAAUGGAACCAAAGUGAACAUACCACUGAGCCCUGUUCCUGGAGUGGACAUCUUAAAGCAGGGGACACUCUACACAGUGUCCAUGAGCUUUGGUGUGACAGUUCGCUACGAUGGAAACCACUAUAUGGACAUCAAAGUUAUCAAAGACUAUCAGGACAAGCUUUGUGGUCUGUGUGGAGACUAUAAUGGCAACAUUAAAGAUGACUUCCGUACCCCCACCGGUGAACUGGUCAACAGUCCAACUGAGUUUGGCAACAGCUGGAACACAGACCCUGACUGCAAUAAACCCCCAGUUGGCCCAGAGCCUGACUGCGCAGACAUAGACAAGGACCUUUAUGAGAGUCCUGCUUACUGUGGAAUCAUAUUGGACAGCAAAGGCCCAUUUGCUGUCUGUCACCCAAAAGUCAAGCCUAACAGUUUCUUCCAAAACUGUGUGUUUGACCUGUGUGCAUUGGGUGGCCCUCACUCUGCAUUGUGUGAAGCGAUUGAAGCCUACGUAAACGAGUGUCAGGACCGUGGUGUUAGCAUCGGACCUUGGAGAAACAACACUUUCUGUCCUCUUACAUGCCCACCCAACAGCCACUACGUCUCCUGCGUGUCUCCUUGCCAGCCCUCCUGUAACCCUCCUCCACCCAGCCAGUGCACUGGACCCUGUUCGGAGGGGUGUGUGUGUGACCCUGGAUAUGUACUCAGUGGUGACAAGUGUGUGAAGGAAGAUACAUGUGGCUGCAAACAUAACGGACAAUAUUACCAGCCUGGAGACAAGUUCUACACGAAGGACUGUGAGCUGCUGUGCAAAUGUGAGCCUCCAUUCGUCAACUGCAGUGCUGCUGAAUGUCCUCCCAUGCAGCAGUGUGGUGUACAGGGUGGAGAAAUAGGAUGCUACCCAGUUGACUCCCAGGACUGUAUUAUUUCUGGUGACCCCCAUUACAACACCUUUGAUGGUAAAUUCUACACCUUCAUGGGCACCUGCACCUACACACUGGCUCGCACCUGCAGAAACAACACGGGUCCCUGGUUCUCUGUGGAGGGAAAGAAUGAAGAGAGAGGAAUCUCUGGCAUAUCAUACCUCAGGAAGUUAUAUGUGACUGUCAGUGGCAUUACUGUGACGAUGAUGAAGAGCAGAACCACUCUGGUGAACGGUCGUAAAGUAGCUCUACCCCACUCUCCCUGUCCUCUAAUCUCUUUAACUUCAGCUGGCCAGUAUGUUAUCUUCACCACUCCUUUUGGUCUGGAGGUGCGCUGGGAUGGCAACCACUACGCUAAGAUCACUGUGCCCAGUACCUACUAUGAUCAGAUGUGUGGUUUGUGUGGAGACUACAAUGGAAACCCCAGUAAUGAUUUUACGAAGCCAAAUGGUUCACUGGCUGGAAGCUCAGAUCAGUUCGGGAACAGCUGGCAAACUGAUAAAGAUGAAGAUGAAACGUGCAAACCUGAUGUCACACCUGACCCACCGUGUGACCCAAGUCUUGAGGCCGAAGUGUCAAAACCAGAGAAAUGUGGAAAAAUCACUGACACUACAGGACCAUUCAGGGACUGCAUAAAGGUUGUCAAUCCUCAGCCGUUCUUCCAGAGCUGUGUGUUUGAUAUGUGCCGCUAUGACGGACUGCUGCAGACUCUGUGUGACCAGCUGCAGGCUUAUACUGAUGCCUGUCUCAGUGCAGGAGCUCCAGUGCACCAGUGGAGGGAGCCAGACUUCUGCUCUCUGGACUGUCCCCCAAACAGCCACUACUCUAUGUGUGUGAGUUCAUGUCCAGAGACGUGUGUGGGUGUGAGCGGCCCAGCUGGCUGUGGAGAGAAGUGUGUUGAAGGCUGCAAGUGUGAUCCUGGCUUUGUCCUGAGUAACAACAAGUGCGUGCCUCUCAAAGACUGUGGCUGUGUGGACCUUGAUGGCUCCUACCACCCUGUGAAUGAGAGCUGGUUACAGGAAGGCUGUGAACAUCAGUGUGUGUGUCGAAGUGGAAAAGUCAUCCACUGCUCCAGCACCAGUUGUACAGAGACCUGCCAACUGAUAGAUGGAGAGUACAUCUGUAAACCAAAAGGUCCAGGAAUCUGCUCUGUGUCUGGGGACCCCCACUACACCUCAUUUGAUAAGAAGGUCCAUCAUUUCAUGGGCUCCUGCUCCUAUACACUCACCAAGCCCUGCAAUGAGACAUUAGGGAUCCCAUUCUUCACUGUUGACACACAGAAUGAACAUAGGGGCAAUAACAAGAAAGUGUCCUACGUGAAGUCAGUCAUCAUCAAUGUGAAUGGAAGUAAGAUUAUCCUGGACAAAGGCCGUAAAGUCCAGGUAAAUGGAGUUCAGGUGACUGUACCCAUCACUCUGAUAAAUGGUGUCAAGAUCUUCCUCAGUGGAAAGUUUGUAGUGCUGGAGACAAACUUUGGCCUUCGUGUUCGCUUUGAUGGCAAUCACCACGCUGAUGUCAGCCUUCCCCCCUCUUACAAAGGCUUGUUGUGUGGAAUGUGUGGAAAUUACAAUGACAACUCAACAGAUGACAACAUUAUGUCAGAUGGCAAGCCUACAAGCAACACCAAUGAGCUUGGAAGGAGCUGGCAGGUGCCUGAUGAUAGACCAGAUUGUACUCAUGAAGGUGGAGAUAUUGAAUGUAAUAAAGAUAUUGAGAGUGAAGCUAAGAAACCAACCAACUGUGGAAUGAUCACUGAUCCUGAUGGAAUCUUCAAAGCAUGCCAUAAAGUUGUGCCACCUAACCCAUACUUUGAGAACUGUGUGUUUGACCAGUGUGGCACAGGUGGAUCUACUGUGGCCCUCUGCCAGGCUAUUGAGAGCUAUGCUGACAUGUGUGCCCAAGCUGGGGUGUCAAUUAACUGGAGGAACAACACUUUCUGUCCCCUGAAAUGUCCUGCUGGCAGUCACUAUGAACAUUGUGCUCCUGCAUGCCCCCCCAGUUGUCAGGAUCCUGGUGCAUCCAACACAUGCACACAGCCAUGUGUAGAAGGAUGUGUUUGUGACAAAGAACUGAUACUGAGCGGAGACAAAUGUGUGCCCUUCAGUCAGUGUGGAUGUACUGAUAAGAACAGCAACUACAGACCUGUGGGCGAAAGCUGGUUUACUAAGGAUGACUGCUCUGAACGCUGCAUGUGUUAUCCGAUGAACAACGUGACAUGUGAAGCAUGGAAGUGUAGUCCUGCACAGGAGUGUAAAGUUCAUGAAGGCCAGCUGGAUUGUGUGAAUACAGGAGUGGGUAUUUGCCACAUAGCUGGUGAUCCUCAUUAUUACACCUUUGAUAGUAUCAUGCAUACCUACAUGGGCACAUGUACCUACACUUUGGUGGAAGUAUGCAACAGCUCCAUGGUGACUCCAUUUACCAUUGUGGCCAAGAAUGAAGAGCGUGGCCAACCUGAAGCCUCCUACGUUCGGUCUGUCACUAUCUAUCUUCCAGGAGCCAAUGUCACACUGAGCAAGAGCAAGAGAGUACUGCUGAAUGGCCAAAGGAUUCGUACCCCCAUGGACAUUGCUAAAGCUAAGGCCAGGGUGUUCACCAGUGGAGUCAAUAGCGUGCUAUCCACUGACUUUGGCCUCAUUGUUAAGUUCGAUGGUGUUCAUCAUGUAGAGAUCACUGUCCCUGGAGACUACUUCAACAAGGUAUGUGGUAUGUGUGGUACCUACAAUGGUAAUUCUAGUGAUGACAACUUGAUGCCAAAUGGCCAGCCAGCUAAUGAUGUUAUAGAGUUGGGUAACAGCUGGAAGGCUGAGGGAGACAGCGAUCCAGGAUGCCAGCCAGACACACGUCCGGAUGUCCACCCAAACUGCACAGACAAGGAGGCCAUCGCCAUCAAGGAUCAGUGUACCAGCAUUAUCAAGUCAGACAAGUUCAAGCCCUGCCACCCACUAAUUGAUUCUGAACCCUUUGUGGAGAACUGCAUCUAUGACAUGUGCGAGUAUGAUAGCAUGGAGUCCACACUUUGUGACAACGUAGAGGCUUAUGCCCAGGCCUGCCAGAGCACUGGUGUCACCAUCAGCUGGAGGAACGCUACCUUCUGUCCUCUUCCGUGCCCACCAAACAGCCACUACUCAGACUGCACACCACCAUGCCCUCCCACCUGUGCAGAUCUUUUCCCCAUUUUCUGUCCCCUGCCACCAAAUAGCUGUGUGGAAGGCUGCCAGUGUGAUGCAGGCUUUGUGCUGAGUGAUGGCAUGUGUGUACAACUUUCUAACUGUGGAUGUGUGGACAACAAAGGAGAAUACCAUGAUGUUGGGGAUUCUUGGGUGACAGAACACUGUGACCAGAAGUGCACAUGCAGUCUGGGAGGAGUAUUAAGUUGCAAGGCCUUUCAGUGCAGCUCCAGGUCCGUUUGUGCCCUGAACAGUGAUGGCGAGCGCUACUGCAAACCUGAGGAUUUUAACAAGUGCAUAAUUUCUGGAGAUCCACACUACCUCACCUUUGACAAAUUCAAACACCACUAUCAGGGCCCGUAUACGUACGUGCUAACCAAGGAUUAUGAUCUACCCACCUUCCUCACACCCCUUACUGUGAGGGGUAAGAACGCCCGUAGAGGUGGCAACAGGCGUGUUUCCUUCCUGCGUGAGGUUUAUGUGGAAGUGUAUGGUGUCAGCAUUCAAAUGCUCCAGAAAAAGGGGCUGCUGGUUAAUGGUGAGCGUGUGUCCCCUCCAUUGAGUCCUAAGCAGGGUAUCAAGAUCUCUCUGAACUCCCAGUACCUUCAGCUUAUAACUGACUUUGGCCUUACCGUGCGCUUUGAUGGCAACAUGCGAGGAGAGGUGAUUUUGCCGAGCACCUACAAGAAGCAUGUGCGUGGCCUUUGUGGAAACUAUGAUGGUCUCUCUAAUAAUGAGUAUGUAAAGCCUGACAACACCUUCACCCGCAACCUCAAUGAGUUUGGAGAUAGCUGGAGAGUGAGUGACAAGCAAGGAGAGGUGUUCCACACCUCAGACCUGCCCCAUCUCACCUACUUGCAUAAGAGAGAAGUAGAAAGAUAUUUGGACUCGGGCUUUGAGACAUUCAAUUGCACUGAAGCUCAGCUGGAGGAGCUGAAAGGGAAGAAUCAGUGUGGAGCAUUGAGUGACCCUUCAGGACCCUUUGCUCCCUGCCAUGCCACCAUGGUCCCUGAUGAGUUCCAGGAGGACUGUGUGUUUGACUUGUGUGCAGAGCAGAACAGCUCCACACUGCGCUGUCAGAGUUAUGCUGUUUAUGCCCUGGCAUGUCAAGAACAGGGAAUUACAUUAGGGCCUUGGAGAACACAACUGAACUGUGGUCUGUCAUGUGGUGCCAACAGUACCUACACAACCUGCAUGACUGCAUGUCCAGCAUCAUGCGCAGCCUUAGCAGCAUCCUCUGAGUGUGAGCAAACUUUGUGCUUAGAGGGAUGUCAGUGUAAUCCUGGAUUUGCCAUGAGUGGCGACAAGUGUGUUCCUUACAAUGAGUGUGGCUGCACCUAUUUGGGCCGCUACUACACUCUGAAUGAGACAUUUGUGACUGAGGAUUGUGCUCUGAGCUGUCAGUGUAAAACCACUGGUGCUUUUUGCCAGCCCAAAGGCUGCAGCAACAAUCAAAUCUGUACCGUCUCCAACACCUCACGUGGUUGCUACAACAUGAACCCAUGCCUAAGCUCACCAUGCUUGAACGGUGGCACUUGUCUUGAUGGUGAGAACAACUACACCUGCUUAUGUCCAGAAGGUUAUAAGGGGAAAAAUUGUGAGGAUAAAGAAAGCCCAGAUCGGACAAGCAUUAUUCUGAUUGGAGUCUUGGUACCACUUGCCAUCAUCAUCAUCAUCAUCAUAACAACUGUAUGCAUCUGCAAGAAAUCAAACAGGUAUAGAAAACACAGUUGUGAUACCAGUAGCAGUAACAGCCUAUCACUGGAAAAUCAAGAUCCUCCUCCCUGUGAAGGUCUGGAUAACAGGAGAAGUGUGGACAGCACCAAGUUAAACUCUUCCAAUUUCUGAAUCAGCCCUAUGUUCUAAUUAAGAUAUUUCAUUUUGUAUUUUAUUGAAAUAUGAAUGUUGCAGAGAUUAUCAGAUGACAGAACUAUUCUAUAACAGUGUAUACUUUUGCCAAUUGUGACUUUGUUUUGUAAUCAUCUUUUAUAACUUGUUUGUAAACCUUAUUAUAAUUGUUAGUACA